AUGCAUUGUCAUCGUUCCAUUCGAUUCCAGUCCGAGUUAUCAAGUGAUCAUCAUUCAUUAGAUACUCCUACACAUGAUGCUCAUCUUGAGAAUGAAAAACUCUGUCAACUCGUGCCUAUAACACAUUAUCAUCUUACUCCUAGUUCUAGUAGUUCUAGUACUUUACGUCGUUUCAAUGUAAAAAUACGUGAUCUUACAAACGCCGUCUCACCGUCUUCCUGUCAUGAACAACAAGGUAAUCAAUAUCUACAAGACACAGAGCGAAAUGGAGAUAGUAGUGAUCCAAGUCAAGACAAAGUUAUUUUCUCAACAACAGCAACUAGUUGUAAACGAUCCAAGACAAAUAGUGAACGUGGUCGGGCCUUUCGCGCACGCCGUAAGAAGUACAAGGAUGACCUUGUCACGAUCGUUAGCUCGUUACGUCAAGAAGUUUCUGGCCUUGUCUUUCUCCGGGGUAUACGUGCUGAAAAGGCCCUCCACAGUCGCAAUACCAUGUGUGGCUCACUUGUACGACUUGUGAGAGAGUACUUUGCUUUGUUUGAACGUGGCAUUCCAUCGGUUCGAGGUGUUGGUCAGAAACGAUCACCAUUGCUCAUGGAUGGAUCGACCAUGAACAACACGUGUGACGUCUUUGCUGCAAAGCAAGAAGCUUUUCUAAAGAGCGCCAUGCACCCGGAGAUGCAGUUUGGUCAGGUUACUGGACCGCAAAACUUAUUGGAGCAAUGGAAGAGAUAUACGAAUUAUCACGCGAGGUUUGAGGUUGAGGUUGUCAGCAUCAAAGUGUCGGGAGACGAAAACGACCCUAUCGUGACGGUAUACUCGAAUCUGAGCGUGGUAUUUUCGCGCGCAACGUUUGACCAUGUUUUCCCCCAUGUGGUCGUCAACGAGGAGCUUCUUAACAGGUUUAUCGGUCGUAAAAUAGUCUACCAUGCUGUGAAUCGUCUCCGUUUCUCACCAAAUGGCCAGAUCUUUGUCUAUGAAUCCGACGUGGGUUUUGUUGCCUCGUUGGUCGAAGCUGGAGCAAGUAUCUCGGAUAUCGCAUUGCUGAUGCAGCAGGCAAAAAUUGCAGACGAGUGUAGACUAGGGAAAGAGGAUGAACACAGCAACGGGGUGCAAGAGCUUGAGCCGGAUAAUCUAGACACGAUCAUGUUCUACGACCACAACGUAAUCCAUGCCACGCAUGAGAAGACAACUGGUGCAGAUAGCAACAAGGACAACAUUGAAAGUAGCGGAUCGGGUGCUGAGGAAGAGAGCUUGUUGGAGACCAGUGGUCGCUUUGCCAUUGAUUUCCUCCUAUCGUAG